AUGACGGAUGCAGCGCCGAUGGACCUAGACUCCUUCUACGUGUCAGACGACAAACCGGCUGCCGCACUAAAAUCUACUUCCAUAAAGGAAAUCUUCAAACCUCUCCCCCAAACAUCAGAAUUUGUCCAGUACCAUAUGAAAGAUGGCGAUCUAUUCUUUACGGACGUAGCCGAAGACGACAAAGAAUAUCUCGUCAAAUGGGAUAGCCUGUCCUACGGUCACUGCGACUGGAUGCCCGGAGCCUGGAUUUUUGGUGUCUCUCAUGGCAUCAUGCGUACAGCCUUCGGGAAACGAGCCCUGGAGAACAACCUCGUACGUUUCACAAAGAAAGAGGCUAUCCCGGAGGAGUACCUGCGUCCAGACGUCAUCCUUCAAGUGGAAUAUAGUCGACCCGGUGCACGUGCGGCAAGCAAAGAAGAAGAGCUUUCUCGGAUAUCUGAUGUGUCCAACAUCUAUGUCAAGUUCCAAGGACUGGGCUAUGAUGACGUCGUUUGGGACGCACCGCCGAGCAAAGAGUCAGGGGCCAUCUACGCUGCUUUUGAAUCGGCGUAUGUAGACGUCGAGCUCGUCGACCAACCCGUUGGCUUACGUGGAAAGUUGAUGAAGUACCAGCUUCAAGGAGUCAACUGGAUGCUCCACCGGUAUCACCAGUCUGAAAACGCCAUCUUAGCAGACGAAAUGGGCCUCGGCAAAACCGUUCAGGUCAUCGCGCUUCUCUCUACACUGGUUUUCAAGAGCCCAAAGUGCUGGCCCUUCCUCGUCGUGGUGCCGAAUUCAACAUGUCCCAACUGGAGGAGAGAAAUCAAGCAAUGGGCUCCGGACUUGCGGGUGGUUACCUACCACGGAGGCAAGGUGGCACAAGAGCUUGCGUACAAAUAUGAGCUCUUCCCUAAUGGCAGCAAAGACCUCAGAGCCCAUGUCGUUGUCAUGUCGUACGAUUCCGCUCAAGACGAAAAGACACGCGGGCUCUUCAGAUCUGUUCAUUGGGCCGGCGUCGUUGUCGACGAGGGCCAGCGCCUCAAGAACGACAAAAACCUGCUCUAUGUGGCCUUACAAGCGAUGAACCUGCCGUUCAAGCUUCUCCUAACCGGGACACCACUCCAGAAUAACAAACGAGAACUCUUCAACCUACUCCAGUUUGUUGAUUCACAAUACGACGCCGUCCGCCUGGAUGAGGAGUACCAGGUCCUAACCUCGGAGAAGGUGCGCGAGCUCCACGGCAUCAUCAGCCCUUAUUUCCUACGCCGAACGAAAGCGGGAGUUCUCAAGUUCCUGCCGGGCAUGGCCCAGAUCAUCAUUCCCGUUACACUGACGGUUCUUCAAGAGAAGCUAUGCAAAAGCAUCAUGGCCAAAAACCCCGAUCUUAUUCGGGCUAUUUUCUCCAACAGCAAGAUAGCGACCAAGGAUCGAGGGUCCCUCAAUAACAUUCUCAUGCAGCUACGAAAAUGCCUGUGCCAUCCAUUCAUCUACUCGGAAGCAAUCGAAGAGCGAGAUGUCGAUUCUAAGAAAAUGCAUCGAAAUUUAGUCGAGGCCUCUGGAAAGCUGCUGCUUCUAGAGCUGAUGCUCCCGAAAUUGAAAGAGCAAGGGCACCGUGUGCUUAUCUUCUCCCAGUUCCUAUCGCAACUCGAUAUCAUAGAAGAUUUCCUGUCUGCCGGCGGUGUCGGAAUCAAUCUUGCCACGGCCGACACGGUCAUCAUUAUGGACCCCGACUUCAACCCGCACCAAGAUCUGCAAGCGCUAUCGCGAGCACACCGCAUCGGGCAACGAGACAGGGUUCUCUGCUUCCAACUGAUGACCCGCUCAUCAGUCGAGGAGAAGAUUAUGCAAAUGGGAAAGAAGAAGAUGGCUCUUGACCACGCUCUGAUCGAGCGAAUGGACAUGGAGGACGCGGGCGACGAUCUGGAGGGCAUCCUCAGGCACGGGGCGGAGGCUCUGUUUAACGAUGACGAGAAGAAAGAAGUUAUUCGAUACGAUGCGGCGUCCGUUGAAAAACUCUUGGACAGAUCGCAAGCGGACAAGCCUGCGGAAGAGAACGGUGUCGAUGAAGGAACUUUUGCGUAUGCUCGAAUUUUCUCCGCCGAAAAGGGUGAUGUUGAAGAGACUACUUUGGAAGACUUGGACACUCCCGGGGAGCUACACCAGAGUGUCUGGGACGCUAUCCUUGCCGAAAGGGAGGCCGAGGCCGAGCGGGUGCGGAAACUCAAUGAGGAAACGCUGGGCCGCGGCAGCAGAAAGCGCCGGGCGGUCAACUACCGAACGAACGCGAAGCAGGUCUUUGGGCUAGAGAAUGCAGACCUGAGCGAUUCAGAACAUGCGGAUGGCUCUAUCGGCAGCGAUGCCGAGCUGUACCAGGGCGAGACUAAUGGCCGCAUAUCUUCUACAGACUCGGAGGACCCAGGGUAUUCUAAGGGAGACUCUAAGGGAGACCAAGAAACUCCCGCCGACAAAGAGGCGAAGGACAGGAUCGAAUCCGACGUCGUCGCCCAAGUCAAUCAUCGUGAUAACGGACAGCGAGGGCGCAAGCGAGGGCGCAAGCCAAAGUCUGAGACGAGCCUGAUCAAAAACGCCCAGCAGCUCCCCACCUCCAAUCAAACUAGCCAAGGACACCGCCAACCCACACAUACGCCGCAGGAGAUAGCGCAGCUGCGGCUGCAGUAUCAACAACAGCAAGAACACCGGCGACAGCAGCUGUUGCUGCAGAUACAGCCAGAGGGAGGGCAGCAAGGGCCCGGCAUCGUCGCGUCCAACGGUCCCCCGGAUAUGGUGGUGGCUACGGAGACGCGGCGGUCCAUGUAUUAUUUCCACGCCUGCUUGGCCUCAAGGACGGUCAAUCUCCCCGACCGAGCAAUGCACCUCAGUUGCGCUCCAGUCACCCGCGGCCGUCUUCCUAUCCCACCCAAGCGGAGCUUAUACGCAGCGCCCUGA